GAGCCAGGAAUAUGAUAUGAUCGCGCGUUUCAUCCACGGAUUGGCAUGCCCUCGAGUUUCCCCCAACACCACCGUACCUGGUCAGCGCGCGUCGAUCGCCGGAGACUGAGCGGCGUCGAUGGAGAGAAGAACGACCGUGGUGCUGUACCCGGGCCUCGGCGUGGGUCACCUUGUGCCGAUGGUUGAGCUGGCCAAGGUGUUCCUCCAGCACGGCCUCGCGGUCACCGUCGCGCUCGUCAAGCCGCCGCUCGAGUCACUCGAGUUCUCCGCCACCGUCGCCCGCUUCGCGGCGGCCAACCCCUCCAUCAACUUCCACGUGCUGCCGCCGCCGCCGCCAGCGGCACCCGUGGACUCUGGAUCCGAUGGAACGUCCGCUCCCCCGAUCGUCCGUAUGCUCAGGUUCCUCAAAGCGAUGAACACGCCGCUCCGUAACUUCCUCCGCUCUAUUCCCUCCGUCCAAGCGCUCAUCGUCGACAUGUUCUGCACGGAUGGUCUCGACGUCGCCUCUGAGCUCAGGUUACCCGUCUACGUUUUCUACGCCUCGGGCGCUAGCGCACUUGCUGUUUUCCUCUACGUACCCAGCAUGGGAGAUAGCAUCGUCACAAGCUUUGGGCAGCUCGGCGACUCCAUCAUCCAUUUCCCCGGAGUUCCUCCCUUCAAAGCUUCAGCAUUACCCUCAAAUAUUCUCGAUGACGGUGAAGCAUGCAGGCUUAUCAUACAGACGUACUACCGGCUUCAAGAAUCAGGAGGAAUUCUUGUCAAUACAUUCGAGUCUCUGGAGGCGCGCGCUUUGCACGCACUGAAGGACGGGCUCUGCGUCCCAGGUCGUGUCACACCGCCGGUGUACUGCGUCGGGCCCUUGGUCUCGGGAGGCAGCACUGGCGCCAAGGAUCACGACUGCCUUCGGUGGCUGGAUGUGCAGCCAGACAACAGCGUCGUGCUCCUCUCGUUUGGGAGCUUGGGAACAUUCCGCAAGACGCAGCUCGAGGAGAUCGUCAUCGGCCUGCAGAAGUCGGGGCAGCGGUUCCUGUGGGUCGUGCGGAGCCCCCGCAUCGAUGGAACAAAUUUGAUCGAGCCACUGGCGGAGCCAGACCUCGACGUGCUCCUACCGGCCGGGUUCAUGGAGGCGACCAAAGGGAGAGGCCUUGUGGCGAAGUCAUGGGCGCCGCAGGUGGAGGUGCUCCGCCACAGGGCGACCGGCGCGUUCGUGACGCACUGCGGGUGGAACUCGAUUCUCGAGGGCAUCACGGCAGGGGUACCGCUGCUGUGCUGGCCGCUGUACGCGGAGCAGAGGGUGAACAAGGUUUUCGUCACGGAGGAGAUGAAGCUUGGCGAGGAGGUGGCGGGCUACGACGGGGAGGUGGUGGAUGCGAAGGAGGUGGAGGCGAAGGUCAGGUGGCUGAUGGAGUCCGAAGGCGGCCAAGCUCUUCGGCGUCGUGUGGCCGUGGCGAAGGGCGAAGCAUCCGAGGCGCUUGAGGAAGGGGGCUCUUCUCAUGCCGCGUUUGUCAAGUUCGUUGAUGAUCUGAUCGGAAUGCAGGCCUCCAGUGUCAUGGUUAAGCCGUGAUUUCGAGUGGUGAUAAUCUUUCUCGCAUUGGAUUGAAUACGGAUGGACUCCGCAUUAUCGCACAAGAUGUUGGUUGAAUAAAAAAAUGUGUGUUGUUAUAACAAAGUAGUCGUCCUACUUCCGUCUCAUCCUCCUACCGUGUGAAGCAUGCUCGUGCAUGCACAACCGCGUCUCAUUUGGAAAAACCAAAC